AUGGCGGAGAAAAUGUAUUACUGGGGCGAGGAGAAGGAUCAGGUCGAUCCUGAUCAGACCUUCAUACAAUUCAAGGCCAAAUCAGUGGCGGACAAGAGACGCGAGACGUCUCGUGCUGUGCCGAAGAUGACGGUGUCUUCGCCGCAGGGUAAAAUGACUGAACUCGGUAAAAGGGAGGAGGAUGCCGAACGCGGCGGCUGGGACAAUAAACUCGACUUCCUAUUUUCUUGCAUAAGCGUUUCUGUCGGAUUGGGAAACGUCUGGCGAUUCCCUUAUCUGUGUUAUAAAAAUGGUGGUGGCGCUUUCUUGAUCACUUAUGGAAUUGCAAUGCUGUUUUGCGGAAUCCCUAUAUUUUUUCAAGAAGUCGCCAUUGGACAAUAUCUUGGAGCUGGCGGAAUGUCGCUAGUAGGACAAUUAUGUCCUCUUUUGCAAGGUGUGGGGUAUGCUACGAUGACCAUUGUAUUUUUUCUCGACGUAUAUUACUGCAUAAUUAUUUCUUGGACUCUUUUCUACCUCAUAAGCACAUUCGUGAAUUUACCGAAAGUACCUUGGAGUGGAUGUGGAAACUGGUGGAACACGGACGAUUGUUACGAUGCGAACCAAGAAAACAAGAGUAUGUACGGAAAAAUAAACUAUUCGAAUUUCACUGAAAAUAGUACCUAUCAUCAUACCACGCCAGUAGAAGAAUAUUGGGAACAGCGGGUCCUCGGCAUUACAUCCGGCAUCGAGAGUAUCGGCAAGAUCCAGUGGGAGCUGCUAGGCUGCCUGAUUGUCGGCUGGCUGCUCGUUUACUUUAUCAUCCGUCGCGGUCUUCAUCAGAGCGGUAAGAUCAUCUGGUUUUCAGCCUUGUUCCCGUACGUGGUGCUUUUCAUUCUUUUGGGAAGAGCGGUGACGUUGGAGGGUUCCGUUGACGGUUUGCUUUACUACGUGACGCCACGAUGGGAGGAAUUGCUCAAUCCCGGACCGUGGAUAGACGGUGCUACCCAGAUCUUCUUCGCGUACAGCAUCGGCACCGGUGCCCUGCCCGCUCUGGGCUCGUACAACAAGUUCCAUCAUAAUUGUUAUAGAGACGCAAUAAUCACUUGCGUAGUCAACACCCUGACAUGUCUUCUGGCCGGUUGCGUAACGUUUUCGAUACUGGGUCACAUCGCCCAAGAACAGCAAACGCAGGUGUCCGAGGUCGUCAAGAGCGGACCUGGUCUCGUCUUCCUCACGUAUCCCGAGGUCGUUUUGAAGCUACCCGGUGCUUCGUUGUGGGCCAUUAUAUUCUUCGUUAUGCUGCUCAUACUCGGCAUCGACAGUGAAUUUUGCAUCGUGGAAUCUUUCAUAACCGGCAUGGUCGACUACUGGCCAGAUACCCUUCGUCCUCACAGAAUCAAAUUCACCAUCGCUAUCUGCCUGAUAAUGUUCGCUCUAGGAAUUCCGAUGGUCACAAACGGGGGAAUUUAUAUUUUCCAACUGAUGGACUUCUACUCCGCGAGCGGAAUGUCUAUUCUGUGGGUGUGCUUCUUCCAAACGAUCGCGAUAUCGUGGAUUUUCGGGGCGAAGAAGUUCUGCGACUGCGUGCAUCAGAUGAUGGGUAUUCGAUUAAGUAAAUUCUGGUAUAUAUGCUGGAUUUUACUCGCGCCGGUGAUCAUGCUCUUUAUCUUCAUAUUCCAAAUUGUGCAAUACAAACCACUGAAAUAUGGCAGCGACUACGAGUAUCCCACGUGGGCAGAAAUAGUUGGCGUAUGCCUGAGUCUCUCGUCUAUGUUAUGGAUACCAGGAUAUGCGUUGUUCUACGUCAUAAUUACGCCAGGAUCAUUUAAAGAGAAUAUCCUGAAAGGUUUACAACCGAAUAUAAAAUCGCACGCAAAGUUACCGAAAGGCGAAAAGUCAGCCGUGAUACCCAUGUCGGAGAGCAGCGCGGGCUUAAUUACGAAAAAUAACAGUUUCCUGAGUCAAACAUGAUUAGCGUUAGCGAUCACUUCUGACUUGUUAGGUUAUACUUAUCUUAAAAGUAAUAUUUAUAGUAAGAUAAAUAUGUAUAUCUAUAUAUAGUGGGUCCAGCACAAUUGGACAUUCAGUAGUAAUUUGUGUCAAAAUGGACGCGUGUCAAACUAAUCAGUUUCAUACAGGUAUGCUCAGUUAAGCAAUCAUUACACUAUUGUUUAUUUAAUAAUAAGUCAGUAAUAUAUUUCUUUAGUGACGUAUUUCUGGUAAGAAUGUCAGAGAUUCUCCUUAAUUCCUUAAUAGCUGGUUGACUGUAGCAUUUUAACAUUAUCAUAUUUAAUUUCUUAUUGCUUACAAGAGAAACGACAUUUUCAAAGAGACUUUUUUUAAAAGAAAUUAUAUAUAAUAUAUAUAUAUGAUAAUUAUAUACUAUUUUAAUAAUAGAUUAAUGUUUUAAAAAGAAGAUAAGGAUAUAUUUGUCUCAUAAAACAUGUUCGAAAUUCAAUUAUUUAAAUACUUUGUUAACAUAUAUACUAUGCCAGCUGUUAAUGUUUUAAGAUAGAGAAUUUUAAUCGAGAAGAAAAUUAUUUGGUUAUCGCAAUUAGACUCGUACGUGUUGACCAAGCUGAUAAGAUACUCAAUAAAGGGUAUAAUAAGUAUUGGAAACGGGACGGGAAGGAAUAUUUAGAAGUAAUAAUAGUAUUAAACCGCGCUAGUAUUCAGAUAGCUAUUUACGGGCAAUUUGAAAGAAGUCUAUUUUUAUAUCGCGAUCAUAUCGCGAUAAGUAUAUGAAUUUUUAACGGAGGGAGAAGUCGUUUAGUUGAUAAUUCGGCUGGUUUGAGGAAACAGAAGGUUCUCACGUUGAAGUAUGGUCUGCAAGGCAAAGAGAAAUUUAUGUUUUGAUUUAUUCCCAAGUACACUGGUGAAUGUUCACAUAGUUGAAGGCUCUUCCUGGUGAGCGCGUUAAGAGAAUUGCUGCAAUUACAUGAAAUAUAAUAAGAAUAUAGCGUAUAUAGAAUAAGGAUACUGGCACAGUUACGAAAUAUAUUCAAUAUCUGAAGUACAAGUAACGAAGUAAAAAUAUAAUUUUUAAUAUUCGUAAUAAAUAUGGAGACGCGUUCACCGAGAAGAGAUAUUUUCGAUUCCAACCAGUCGCAAUAAUCAACUGGACUGUAGCAAGAUACAGAAUAUUUCUAUCACAAAGUUCUAGCAGGUUAUACUCUGCAUUCAACUUCGACGGCACAAGUUUCAGAUUUUUUCAAGUUACACAUUUUUUAAAGCAAACAUUAUAAUGCGUUUAUGAUGCGAUGUAUAGGAUUAAAGAAAACUUCCGUUUUUUACUUGAAACUGAAUGUUAUUUUUAAAAUAUCUAACGUCGGUGAUGUAAGUAUUUUUUUAAUUUUGUGAUAACUGUUGCUUCAAAUUUAAACAGAAAACAUUUGCAAUCAAUUACAUUUGCAUUUACAAUCAGCACUUCCGAUCAAUUACAGUAGAAUAUUUAGUGUCUGGGACACUUCUCUAACAGUAUUUUAUAAAAUUAAAAUCAAAUUUUAUAUAAAAAAGAUAUGUUAUAUAUUUAUAAAAUUAUUCGAAAGGAAUUGAGACUUUUAUUCCACAAAAAAUGUUGUCUUGGUAAUUUUCUAAAUCAAAGUUGCAACCAGAAUUUUAAUUUGUUCGAAUCGGUUCAAACGUCAAAGUAUAUCUUCUUGCAAAAAUUCAGCAUAAAAUAUAAAAUCAUUUUGUCGUUUAGUAAUAAAAUCGUCUGAAAAUCAUUAUUAGUAAGAAAAUUGUUAUUACUCAUGACUUUCUUUUUAAAUUCUUAUACCAUUUUUUCAACGUAAAAACAUUUUUAUCUGAAAAAUUUCUCAUUUAUUCAAAAUAGAAAAGCAAUAACGACAAAUGGAGAGAGCGCUUUUUUAACCGGCCUAAUUAAUUGGGAAUACUUUCUCUUAUUUAGUCCGUAAAGUACUCGUAAUCGCGAAAACGCUAUUCGUCGAAGUGUUGCAAUUGUUGACGUUGUAUAAUACUAAGAAAUGGCUGAUAGCUUAACGCGAUAUUCGUUUCUAUUUUAGUACCGUACUGUUGCGAUGCGAAAUACUUCCAAUAGUAAGCUAAGAACCGAACGAUAUUAUAAGCCAGUUGGGUCUGUACGUUGAAUAACGUGUAUCUCUAGCAUUAUUAAUUUGUAAUUUUGCUUAGCGAUUGAUAGAUCGGCAAUUGCGAUACAUAUUUUACUGAUUUGAACACGGCGACUGCUUGCUAAUGAUCGUGAUGUUAGAACAAAAUAGUUGUACACGCCGCGCCGCGGGCGCGAAUCCCGCGACCAUCUGAUUAUUAAUCAACAAAUUAUUCAAUGACACGCGAACAUAAAAAAUUCUUUCACACCCAUUACGCGAGCAACACUGCAAUUAUAUGUGUAACGUUACAAACAUUUGUUCAGCGCGUGAUAGUAUAAUAACGUAUUUCCCGUGUGUAACUGUAUUCUGUAAAUGUAUUCAAUGUUGCAAUGUGCGCAGGCACGACCGGGGCUACGAGCAUAAAUUUCCGCAAUUACUUACACGACAAUGUCUGUAUUAUCUGCAUAUGCGUUAUUGUCGAGCGUAUUUACCGACCGCACGAAUAAUUUAAUCACGGCUCUAACGAAUCAGUAUUCGUUGCCAGAAAAAUUCCUACGAAGAAUUAAAUGUGUUACAUAAAUUAUAUUUCUGUAUACAUGUAUACAUUGUAUGAAUGUUUUAUACAGUGUAUAAUAUUAUCGUUUGAAAAUCAAAAAAAUUCUGAGUUUAGCAGUAUUGUUCCUAUGAAUAGAAAUUAAAUGAAGAGGAAACCUGCUUUCCCCUUUCAUUGAAAUUUGGUCGUAAACUUCGAUUAAAUCCUUAAUUCCUCGUCAUACGCAUUCGAUGCAUGAAAGAAUUAUUUGUAUCAUUUAUAUUAUUUGUUACUAUAAAUAAUCAGAAUUAUUAAAAGAAUUAUUUGCGUUCAUGAUACUCGAACACGUAUUCCGUGAAAUAUUUUGCAAAUUUUUUUGCCAAAUACAUGCGUUCUCAUUCAAAUUUUGAGGAGAAUAUAAAAUUUCGCUGAAUGCAAAGAAAAUUUUGUUUAGAUCUAGAUAUAGAUUUGUUGUAUUAUUUCAAGAAAUAAAUAUUCAACAUACCUACAUGGAAUAUAUCUUGAUAUGAUAUCACGGUAUUUUCUUUUGAAAUUUUAUGUAAAUUGAUUUAAAUUCAUUCAUGAUGAUGUGCUUUUAAUUGCUAUAUGUUAAUUAUUACCUGGAUUUAUUUUAGAAUUUUCGAUAAUUUCUAUUCAAAAUUUUUUACUAACAUAUCUGCGAGAUUUAUCGACUGCGUCGACACGGGUUUAUAGUGUAUUUUGUAUCUUGAGAGCCACAUUUUCCUACAUUUCAGAACACUACAUUGAAAAAACGUAGGAAACGCGUAAAAGAGAAAAAUCUUCCGGAACGAGGUGUGUAAGAAUUUUUAGAUAUAAUAUAUUUUUAGUAAAUCAGAUAGUGUAUAACCCGAGUCACAUGUAUUUGAGGGCCGAAAUUCGUUUAGAUUUACUUUCCGAGCGACAUACAUUGCAGUAAAAAGAAUGCGUUAUUUGCGAAUGUAUACCGGCUUGACGCAUUGGAUGUUUCACAUAUUUGUGACAUUACGCAUACGUUUCCGGCAAAAUUGUAUCGAUAUAUGUACUUGAAUAAACAUUAACGCCUAAU